AACACAAAAACUGUUCCAUAAACACUCAAAAGAAAAGAACAGAAAAAUGUAUACAGAGGAAAAGAAAAAAAACACCAAUUAUGGAUCGAUAUUCGUCUAUUGCUUCUUCUGUUUUGUUUUGGUUGUGGAGGUAGCAAGAUUUGCAAAACCUUAUUACAACAACCUUGAAAACCUAAUGGAGACAGAGGCAGUAGUAGAAGAAGAAGAAUUCUUGGACGUGGAGAACUCAGGGAUAGUUCCUUGUACCUUCAUAGGAUCCAGCUCUGUUCCUGCUCGGAACCACAAGAAGCUCUCGACAACAGUAAGGGAGGAGACCAGAAAACGUCCUCCACUUUCGUUCUGCGUGAAGUUCGAGUCUUUUGCUACUCUGUCCAGACUGGUCAAAGACAACGGUGACAAGUACGAGUCACGCCCAUUCUCCGCCGGUGGAUACAAUUGGACGUUCCUAGUCUACCCGAACGUGAACAAGCCAGUUGGCUCAGGUGGAUACGUUUCGCUUUACGUAAAAAUCGAUAACUCAAGCUUCAUCACCAAUCAAAACGAAGUGUAUGCGUGGAUCAAAUUCCUCGUCUAUAAAAGCACUAUAGACACGUACCAUGAGCUCCAAGCGACCGAGGCGCAGCGAUUUCAUCUGUUUAAACAGGAGUAUGGGCAGCUAAACUUUCUUGAGAUUGCGUAUUUCCAAAAUCCGGCACAUGGGUUCAUUUUCAACGGCGGACAGAGUGUGUUUGGGGUUGACAUCGUGGUUUCUAAACCCUCUGACACAUGGGAAGAUUUCUCUUACGAUGAAAACAUUCGUGACCCUCUUCUCGAUUGGAGAAUCACCAAGUUCUCUACUAUCGCUCGUAGUAACUCUUACACUUCUGAUUCGUUUUCUUCCGGCGGAAGAAACUGGGUAUUGAAAGUGUAUCCAAAUGGAGCUGGGUCUGCAGCGGGUAAUUCAUUGUCACUCUAUCUGUUGAGUGCGUCAAAUGAAAAGGGUUACGUGAAAGCCAAGUUACGAGUUAUUAACAAGAACCGAUCCAACAAUGUGGAGAAACUAGUGGAGGGAUGGCCCGAUGCAAAGGAAAACGGAUGGGGUGUCGAGAAACUUAUACCACUAUCUGAUAUCAAAGACGCAUCCAAAGGUUUCCUUGUAGACGAUACCAUUAGAUUUGAAGUCGAGAUUGUAGCCUUCUCUAAAACUAACUCCUUAUCUGCUUAGGGCUUAGGAUUAUCCCAAAACCAUGUUUUUUCCUAUUUUAACCGGGAGAUGUUACGUAGGUGAAAAAAGCAGACUAAUCUCCGCUAUGUAAUUCCACAGUGGCCACAGUGAAUUACUAUCACUCUGGUUUAUUGUUUUUGCUUCUGUCCAAUAAUAAAAGAACUCGAGCUUUUUUUUCUAUGUCAAACUUGGUCAAUCCGA